AGGCGCGCGCUCGAGCUUCAGUAGCGCCGCGAGCUCUCAGUCAACGCAGAACAGAGCAGCGGCAAAAACAACCGGACUAACACUAUCAUCAUCUUCAUCAUCUUCAUCAUCAGAUAUAAAUGCCUGGAUUUCGUUCUUUCACUCUGUGGAUUAUGAAUUUUUUUUAUUCUUCUCUGAACACAAAUCUUUUUUUGAACUGUUUGGCAUCAUAGGAAUGUGCGCUCGUGCAAGAGCAAAACAUCUACGUCGAGUGUGAAGCCAAAGCUUAGAAUUCUGUUUAGUAUUUAUUUUAUUUAUUUUCCUCUUGGUGUUUGUGAUGUGAAACGUUUUGCACCGGUACAACGGACAACAUGGUUUUCAGGCUCUGAAGGAAAAGAAAAAACAGGGACAUCACUCCGGUUUGUUCCGUGAUGACUGCUGCUGUGUUGCGCGCGGCUCUGCGGGGGUAAUUUUUAUUCCCCCCUCCCCCCGCCCCCCUUACAAGUUCUGCAUAUUUUCCCCUACAUUUAUAUUUAUAUUUUUGUAUUUUAUUCCUGCGGAUGAAUUACGCAGACAUGGAGAUGCUGUUGCUUUGGCUCGUGCUGUGUCUGGCGCACAGGGUCGCCUCGCAGAUUCGUUACUCGGUACCGGAGGAGACGGAACGUGGCACGUUCGUGGGCAACAUUGCCGAGGACCUGGGAUUGGACCUGACUAAACUGGCUUCACGCCGUUUCCAGACGGCACCGGGCUCACGCGGGAGCCCGUACCUGGACGUGAACGUGGAGACCGGCGCGCUGUUGGUGCGAGAGCGCAUCGACCGGGAGCGCGUGUGUAAGCAGAGCGCGUCCUGCGUGCUGCACCUGGAGGUCUUCUUGGAGGAUCCGCUUGAGCUCUUUCGAGUAGAAGUCGAGGUGACGGACGUAAACGACAACGCACCAAGCUUCCCGGAGAGCGACGUCACGGUGGAGAUCAGUGAGAGCGCCACGCCCGGGACGCGUUUUCCUCUGGAAGCAGCCUUCGACCCGGACGUGGGCAGCAACGGGCUCAGGACGUACGAGAUCACAGCAAACGGUCACUUCGCGCUGGACGUGCAGACGCAAACGGACGGAAACAAGUUCGCAGAGCUUGUGCUUGAAAAGCCUCUGGACAGAGAACAGCAGGCGGUGCACCGCUACGUGCUCACGGCAGUGGACGGCGGGCAACCGGCGCGUACGGGCACAGCGCUUUUGGUGGUGCGCGUGCUCGACUCGAAUGACAACGUGCCAACAUUUGACCGUGCCGUGUACUCAGCCAGCCUGUCCGAGAACGCGCCUGCUGGCACGCUGGUGAUCCAGCUGAACGCCACCGACUCGGACGAGGGAUCAAACGGCGAGGUAGUUUACUCAUUUGGUAGUCACGUGUCGAGCCGCGCGCGCGAGCUGUUUGACGUGGACGCGCGCACGGGCCGCAUUGAAGUGCGUGGCGAGGUCGACUUUGAGGAAAGUAGCCUUUAUCAGCUCUAUGUACAGGCCAAGGACAUGGGGCCGAACGCCGUGCCCGCCCACUGCAAGGUGCUCGUGAAAGUUACAGAUGUAAACGAUAAUGCACCUGAGAUCGCCUUUAGCACCGUGACGGAGUCUGUAAGCGAGAACGCAGCACCAGGCACCGUGAUCGCGCUGCUCAGCGUCACAGACAAGGACUCUGGAGAUAACGGGAGAACACGUGUGGAAAUCCUGGGCGACGUGCCGUUCAGACUCAAAUCAGAGUUUGGGAACUACUAUACCGUGGUCACGGACGGCCCUCUGGACCGUGAGGUGGCCGAGGCAUACACAGUGACGGUGACGGCGCGUGAUGGCGGUGCGCCGCCUCUCAUCUCGAGCAAGUCCGUGGAGGUGCGCGUCUCGGACGAAAACGACAACGCUCCCACGUUCUCGCAGCCCGUUUACGACGUGCACGUCACAGAGAACAACGUGCCCGGGGCUUACAUUUUCGCCGUGAGCGCACGAGAUCCAGACGCUGGAGAUAAUUCUAGAGUGACUUAUUCCGUUUUGGAUCGUGACAUCAAGGGCAUGUCCGUGCUCACCUACGUGUCUGUGAACACAGAAAACGGCUACCUGUACGCACUGCGCUCAUUCGACUAUGAACAGCUGAAGGAGUUCAGCUUUACGGUAGAGGCGCGAGAUGCUGGAAGCCCUGAGCUGCACUCAAACGCCACUGUGCAUGUGGUCGUGGUGGAUCAAAAUGACAACGCACCGACUGUGAUAGCGCCUCUGGGCAAAAACGGGACAGCAAGAGAGCCUUUGCCGCGCUCAGCCGAGCCGGGCUACCUGGUCACACGUAUAGUGGCCACAGACGCAGAUGAUGGUGAGAACGCACGUCUUUCAUACAGCAUUCAGCGCGGGAACGAGGACGGUUUAUUCCGCAUGGAUUGGCGCACGGGGGAGUUGCGCACGGCUCGGAGGGUGUCUGCAGCCAAACGGGACGCGCAGCAGCACCAACAGAGAAGCCUGUAUGAGCUGCUCGUGGAGGUGCGAGAUCACGGCCAGCCUCCUCUCUCGUGCAGCGCAGUAGUGCAAGUCGCUCUGGUGGACGGACUUCCUGCGGCGGCCUCAGCGGAGGGACGCGGAGGGGGAGGAGAACGUGAGCGUGGUGGCGCGGCCCGAACCAAAGACGCGAGCCUUGACCUCACCCUCAUCCUGAUCGUCGCUCUUGGCUCGGUGUCGUUCGUCUUUCUGCUCGCCAUGAUCGCCCUCGCUGUGCGCUGCCGCAAAGACAAGAAGCUGAACGUGUACGCAGGCUGCAACGCGUCGUGCUGCUUUUGCUGUGGGCGCCAGGCUCGAUCAUCCCGCGGUGUCAGCAGCGGCAACGGCGUUACCAAAAAGAAGCAAAAGAAGCAGAAGAAACUCAGCAAGUCGGACAUCAUGCUGGUGCAGAGCGCAAACUCUGCAGACGUGAGCGCGCAUACUGGAGUCGGCUGUGGAGUCGGGAGCGCGCAGGUGCCCGUUGAAGAGUCCGGGAGCUUCGGUUCGCUAAGACGCGGACAGAAUUAUUGCUAUCAAGUCUGUCUCACUCCUGAGUCCGCCAACACUGACCUGCUCUUCCUGAAGGCAUGUGGAUCGGGAGCGAGCCGUGCGACCACGGAUACCGAGCACAGCCCACGAGGAGGGAUACACACAGCAUACACAGAGCAACAACAACCGGAUAUCAUAUCCAACGGGAGCCUUCUGUCCAGCGAGACGAAGCACCAGCGUGCCGAGCUCAGUUACCUGGUGGACAGGCCGAGGCGUGUAAACAGCUCGGCGUUCCAGGAAGCUGACAUCGUGAGCUCUAAAGACAGUGGACACGGAGACAGCGAGCAGGGAGACAGUGACCAUGACGCCACGCAUCGCGGGCACUCCUCCGGUCAGUCCUGCAGUCAGAAGUUUUUACGUCUGGUUUAUCGUGCGGUUCUGUGCUGUGUUCCUGAUGCUGGUGUUAACAUGUGACAAGCUGCUAUAGGA